AUGUGGCAUCCACUGAGACUUGCCCGUAUCCUCCGGCAGCUCGACAGCGAGGUAGACUGGCUGGGACUGUGGCCGCGGUCAGGUUCCUACAAGCGUUUCACGAACCUCGAGGACGCUGCCAACAACCCGGCCAACGCUGCCCUGCAUGACGACCCUAACCUGCCUCCACAGCCGCUCAGACCUGCACCGCAGCGACCUUCCUACAGACUGCCAGGCCGUCGAAGCAGCGGAGACGGGUCUCCAUCUCCAGACGCUCCAUACUCCAAGUCUAAUCCCUACCUCGACUACAGGAGGAGCGUCUCCAGGGAUAUUUGCGAUGAAAUCGUGCCGAGGUCGACCAACCCGUUCAACCCAGCAUGGCAACCCGUGCCGGGCAUUGAUGAUGGUCGUUAUAUCAACCCGUUCCACAACCACCAAACUUCUGCUUACUUGGGUGCAAACAAAGCUUCUUACCAACCCAAUUACAGUCCAAGUUAUGACUCAAAAUACGAUAGGAAUCUUUUACCCCAUGACCCGUUUGCCCUGGGUUCAGAUCCGACUUUAAUUCCGUACAGUUCUGCUGAGCGCAGCAUGGCCAUGGAAUCCCAGAUACCUUAUCCAAGACCGAGUUCUUAUCUUAGUCAUCAGGUGCUAGACCAGAGAAGCAGGUUUGGGCAACACAGAUACUCGUACCAAGAACGCUACGAGCCCCUAAAAUACGAUUCAACGAGUAGGUACGAGCCUUCUUCAAAGUUCGACAGGGGAAAAUACCAAACAGAACUUUAUGACAGCAGAAGUAAAUAUGUUAUCGAUAAAUAUGAAGGAUUAAAACCACAUGAGACGCUCGGUUCCGCGUAUUCACUAUAUGAUCCAAGGAUAGAUCACAGCGACCCUCGUCGUCGCAGAGACGAUCUAAACAGUGUUUAUGAUCCACAUGUAGGAAACUUGAACCAUAUGAACAGCUACAACCAUCAUAUGGACCAAGGAUCUUCACCAAUACACUCACCUUCCACAAUAGUGAACAACAUGCGAAUGUACCACACAAUACCUGGAAGAGGUAUCAAGAAUUAUUCAACUCCUGCGGCGUACAUGGACUACGCGACCAAGAAGCUGCGUGAACAGCAGCUUCAUGAAAGAGAGAAGCAGCUGCAGCAGCAACAGAAGGAGCUGCAGCAGAAGCAAAUUCAGCAGAAACAGCAGGUGGAGCAAGAGAAGCAGCAACAGGAGCAGAUAGAUCGAGCCAUCGAAUUUGAGAGGAGGCUUAGGGAGCCGCCUCAUGACCCACCGCCCCCACCCGCUCCACUCGCACCUGCUCAGGUUGAAUCCCAAAGUGGCUGGAGCGGAAGACGCAUCAGCUCCGAGAGAGUCUUGAAUUCCUCAACAAAUCUCAGUAUCGGAGACCAAGCAUCGUCCCGAAUUCUCUCUCCCAUCCACCAUUUGACGUCAACUUCUCAAUCGAUACGAAACCUUUUGACACCUACGCAUCACCACAGUCAAAUUAUACGGCACGCCACGCCACAACACCUUGCGCCUCCUCCAUUCGGUCGCAGUGUAUCAUCAAGCCCACAUAGCAGGUCGACUAGCGACAUAACUUCCAUCCGCGGUACAUGUUGGCACUCGGAAGACACAGGCUACAUCCGCAAAUGGCUUGGAGAAGCCGCAGCUUUAGUUUCUGCAGUGAAGAUCCCACAAUCAGUGCAGUUCUCGACCGGGAUUGGCUUCCCUUCAAAUUUGUCUUCGACACCUCCCUUGACUUCUCAUUUGUCGUCAACGCCCCCCUUGACUGACUCUCAUUUAUCAUCAACGCCGCCGCUCACCGACUCUCAACAUUCCAUCACUCCUCCGCUCUCUGUGGCUCAACUUGCGACGUCCCCUCCAAGGACAUCUUCUUAUUUUGCAUCGUCUCAUAUGGGUAUGAAUAAUUUCUCAUCGUCUCCUAUCCAUUCUCGUCUCGUUUCUACACCCCCAUCGGCGUUUUUCCCAUCAACUCCUCCUCCUUCUGCAACAUUUUUGCCUCCUUCAAGAUCCGUAACUUCUUAUCUUCCAAACUCGACUCCUCCGGUAUCAAGUUCUUACGUGCCAUCAACACCUCCACCGUCGGUAGAAUUCUUUCCUUCAACGCCCCCGUCUUCGUCAUACCUUGUAUUGGGAUCUGAAAGAGGGGCAAUUUUUUCAACGGACGCAUUAUGCCACUCCCAACUUCUGCAUUCGCGUUUGGCUGAAGUUGUCGCCGCACGUCGGAAUUCUUGGAUGGAGGAAAACGACAUAAUAACGAGUGCAGGGGAACCAGAAUCUCCUGGACUUCCAACAACCGUCAUCGACAAAUACUCACUUUUCAGUGAUAAUUAUGUCGAGGCAACAGCAAGCAGCCUAAACGAUUUUGGGUUGAAUGAUGCCAAAAAUGAACAGAAAGUGCUUGAAAAACCGUUUACUGAAGAAUAUUCAUCUCUCAAGUAUACACCCGAAACUAAAAUACCUGAAACACAAGAAUAUAAAAAAAUUGAAGAAACCUCUUCUAACUUUGAGGCAAGUUUUGGCAUUGUCGAACCAGAAAUAACAAAGAGUUUUCUUAAUAUUUCAGUACCCAAAGUGUCGAUUGACUUCACGCAGAAAGAAAGUGACUGGAGUAUCACUAACAGAGUGAAGAGUAUUUUCGAUGACAUUAAGAGAAAUGCGAUAUCAGAUUUUGUGAAGCAGAAGGAACUUGACGAAUCAUCCAAAGAUGCAAACACAGACGACAAGGUAAAGGCCAACCAGCUUGGCACUGACUGGUGGUCAUCGUUCACGGAUAAGAAUAAAGUCACAGAAGACUUGGACGCAAAGCCAAAUUGGCCAUUCGACGUAAGCUCAAAUGUCAAAGAGGAAAUUUCUAGCUUGGACUUGAUGAAGACGAGCAAUGCCGAUCGGAUUUUCCAGAUACCUAAGGAAUUAAUUGAUGAUAAAUUAAAUUCUGAACUCGAAAUUAAGAUUCUUGACGAAGAAGUUGCUGAAACCAUGAAAUCGAACACAGACUGGCUUGAAAACACGCCUAACCGAAUGCUGAUUGCUGAAAACGAUACUAUAGGGGAAAAUAACUCCAAAAAUACGCUUAUUAGCUCUAUGAAAACCAAUUAUAGAAAUGAAGACUCCAACAAGGAAACCGAGAAAGUGGCAGCAAGUAAUGCUUCCUUUAAUACUGAGCAGCUCAAGGAGAAGGAAAAUAAAAAUCAAGUCGUUGCAAUUGACGAGUCUACCUUUAAGAGAAGUGGUCGGGAUGGGAGACGUGGCAGUGAUGGAGCAGGGCGCCCAAGUAGGGUGGGAAGCCGAGGAGACACGCCCCCUCUUUCUAGAGAGUCCAGGGGUUCGUUCAAAAGAGCCCGAAGAGGAAGCGGAGAAGGAGGUUCACCGGUGGGCGGCGGCGCGAUGGUCGAGGAGUGCAUCAUCAUGCCUCGAGUCGAGGCCGAGAAACCCUCCGAUGAGGAAGUCACUGAGGUCUCUGUCUCCACUGAGCUCCUGCGUGAGGGCAGUGAGUUCUCAAAGACUUUGAAAGGCGUACAGACUGAGAUGGAUAGUCUCACUCGACUCACCGAUAAUGUCUUUGAGGAAAAGGAAAGGAUUGUCGAAACCGGUUCUGAGCAAAUUUAUGUCAAAACUCUGAAUGAGAGACCUAAGGUCCUGGGAGGGGAAAUUGAAAACAGGUUAAAUACAGAAGUUUUAAUCGACUCGGGUCAGCAACCGUUUUCUUCCAGUGAUCACAGGAAAUCGUGGGCUGGUUUAGAGACAGGUAGCCGGGAUGCACGGUCUGAGAGCCGAGAUAGCAGGGAUUCAGAGAAGUCAUCCAUGAGUACCUCCAGUUCAAAAAGCGAUAUUGAAUCUGAAAGUACGAAACGAGUUCGUGUUUACCUGGAAUCAUUAAGUGCCAGAAUUAAGCAGCAGAUUCCAUAUUCCUCGUCUACGGACUCCCAUUACUCAUCAUCAACGGGGGCUUCAUCACGCUUGGUAUCGAUGUCUUCGUCGGAAACUCCCCCAACUUCAGCACGACUCACGUCCUAUUCCUCAUCUGAAACUCCCCCUUCAUCUGCUUGUCCGAUGUCGAUAUCUUCUUCAGAAACACCGCCGAGUUCCGCAGACGCUAUCGCAGGGACUCCUGGAGCCCGGCCCUCCCUGGGCGACACCCCAACAUCACCGGCAUUUUUCGCUCCAACUCCCCCUCAUUCAGCGGGACCAAAUAGCCUCGGAAACUCCAACCCGGACGUUUCGAACGCCGACGGUGCCUUUGGAGGAGGAGGAUAUAUAUUGCAGAGAACAACCAGCUGCGAUUCUAUCAACUCGGACACUUCGGUAACUCUGGGAGAACUUGAAGAAGCUGUGGGUCAAGUUACAGCUCAGUUGUCCGUCACUCUCAUUUACGACAGUGACUCCGGUGACCUGGAAGUGUUGGUCGAGGAAGCGAGCGAGCUCGUCCUAGGCAGCGACAGCAGCCAGGCGCCGGACACUUACGUGCGAGUCUUCCUCCUGCCUGAUAAAAGCACGAACAUGCAGACCAGGGUGAGUGGUGGAGUGGUGGAGUGGUUCAUAUUAUACAUGCAGACCAGGUGUUUCGGCGGGAUACUGGGACGUUGGAAUUACAAGGCUUCGGCAUGUGGCAUCCACUGA